GGCGCGACAUUCAGAUUCAACGCGGAGUUGGCGGGAGAUCCGCUGCUGUGGAGGAUCAUAAUAUCAGUCGGCUUCGGUUUAUUUUGCAAUAUAUAUCAAAUUUUAUAUCGGUGCACGGAGGGGAAAAAGGGGAACUGAUGGAGGAGUUUGGAGUUUACGCGGUUUUUGGACCAGACGAACCGCCGCAGGAGAUUGCUAAUCUUCAUGGACAUAAGGCCAGAUGUGCAUUAAAGCCGGGUGUCCAACAGAUUGUACUCUUCACUAGAGGAAGAUGGGACAAGUGUACCAGUGUUUCACUCGAGCUCAACGAUGAGAGCGACAUGCUCAUCACUCUGAGCAAAUUAACGCCAUUCAACAAAUGUGUUUCGUGGGAGUUGGGGGAAGAUGGUGUAUGGAGUGAUGGCGCGAUAUUAAAUGUUAAUAUCGAGAGGCUUCAAUGUGAUUUCCUUGAUCCAGCACUUAGCAUUGCACAAAAGGAAUCAACUCCAGAGUGUAACACCAGAACCGUGGUCCCUCGAGCAGGGCUAGGUAAGAGGAAACGGUCGCGAAGAGAGGAGGAAGAGGGCGAGGACGCAAAAGGACAAGAGAAUACUUGCCCAAACUCUUCUGAGAAGGUGACACCGCAGCGACGAGGCAAGGGCAACCCCCGCACAGGACAAACACGGCUGUUCCAGCAAAAAGAAGAGCAGAGCACCGCUCAUACCCCCCCAAACCCUAAAGCUAAAGGAAAACAACAAACCAAAACCCAGACUGCUUCAACAGACAAACCAUCCGGGCGGUGGGGUCAGACCCUCUGUCCAAUUGACCCUCAGACAGCCAUUCUUAUUGGAGGGCAAGGUGCCAGAAUGCAGUUCUGCAAGGAUCCUAUUUGGAAGCUGUGUACAGAGGACUUGUCAUGGGUCCCUGCUGAAACUCUGGCUGAGGGCCCAACACCAGAGGCUCGAAUGGGCCACACGGCGACUUACGACCCCGAAUCGAAGCGGAUCUUUGUGUUCGGUGGCUCCAAACACAAGAAAUGGUUCAAUGACGUUCAUAUUUUAGACACACAGAGUUGGCGCUGGAGCAUGGUGGAGGCACAAGGUAAAGUCCCUCCUCUGGCCUAUCACAGCUGUACUCUGUUCAGAGGAGAGCUUUUUGUGUUCGGAGGAGUGUUCCCUCGUCCCCACCCUGAGCCUGAUGGCUGCAGUGAUUUUCUCUACAUUUUCAAUCCAGAAAUGGCCAUCUGGUAUCAGCCUAUUGUUAAUGGAGACAAGCCUGCUCCACGCUCUGGGCAUUCGGCUUGUGUGAUGCAGGGAAAGAUCUUCAUUUUUGGGGGCUGGGACACACCAGUCUGUUUCAAUGACAUGUUCAUGCUUGAUCUGUGUCUUAUGGAGUUUUCAGCAGUGAAGACGAGUGGCUCAGCCCCCUCACCAAGGAGCUGGCAUGGAUGUGCUGUUCUGUCUGAGUCUUGUUUCUUGGUCCAUGGAGGCUACGAUGGAAACCAUGCUUUGAGUGACACAUUUCUAUUCAACACAGACACAAAUUGCUGGACAUCUUUGACAUGUAGUUGGCUGACCAAAACACCAAGAGCUGGACACUCCAUCAUCACCAUGGCAACAGCCUGUGUAAAGGUACCUGCCAUAUCCUGUGAAUACACAAGAUCUUUCACCUGUAAAGAAAAUGUUUCCUCUGAUGACCAAGAACAGGAUUCUGAGGCCCAAACGUUGCUCAUUUUUGGAGGAGGCGACAAUGAAGGCAGCUUUUUCUCUGACUUGAUCACUGUGCCAGUAAAGGAGCUGUGUGAAUGAGACUCAUUGCUUUAGUAUUGGGGGUUUUAAGAUGAAAUUGAGUUCCCCUGUUUUUAUUGUGCUUUAAAGAUUUGAUGUUCUGUUUCAUUAGCACUAGGACUACUAAGAUGCUGAAUGUCAUUUAAUUUAAAAAAGGCAACUUUUAUUUGUAAACACAACGUAAACACAUCAGUCGAAAAUGUUUUAAAGGUGUAUAUUAUCAUUAAAAUCUCUACCAUACAUUGAA